AUGGAGGAGCUGUCGACACUAAGUGACAGAGAAGAGGGAGGGAUAGGUGAUCUUAAGUAUGAAGCACCAGGAGCUCCAGAAUUGGCAAAGAGGGUGAAGGAAAUGCUCUUGGCAUCUGGCUUGGAGCAAGUCAAUGAGGAUGAAAAGCGUGGUCUUGACCACGGUGCAUGGGUCCCACUCAUGCUUAUGUUUCCAGAAGCUGAUAUUCCGGUGUGCCAGCUCUCUGUUCAGACAAACAAGGAUGCAACUUACCAUUAUAACUUGGGGAGGGCAUUGGCCCCGCUAAAGGAGGAAGGUGUCCUCAUUGUUGGUUCGGGGGCUACCACUCACAACUUGAGAGCUCUCCGUCAGUCCAGUGAUAAUUCUGUUGCUUCGUGGGCUGAAGAAUUUGAUACCUGGCUUAGAGAAGCCCUCCUCAGUGGCAGGUAUGAAGAUGUGAAUCAGUAUGCAGAGAAGGCACCACAUGCAAAAGUUGCACACCCUUGGCCUGACCACUUCUACCCAUUGCACGUUGCCAUGGGUGCUGCAGGCAAAAAGGCAAAGGCAGAACUUAUCCACCAUAGCUGGAGCCUUAAUUCUCUUUCUUAUGCCUCAUACAAAUUCACGGCAACGUCCUAA